AGAUUUUUUUUUUUAGGUUCUAACAUAACCUAACCAUUAUUUUUAUCAUAAUUAGUCGAACUACAUGUUGAUAUCAUAAUAAUGGAAAUUUCCGGAUUCUUUCUUAAUCAAAUUGCCAUUAACAACAUAUUUCUGGUCACACUUUAUAUUAUCUUUAGAUAGCUACAUCUAAGGCUACCACAUACCUCUUAAUUUCAUAAUAAUUGUUUAUUAAUUAAGUAUAAUUCUUUGGUAUAUAUUGAGCAUAGAUCAAAGUGUACUGGAGAGUGUAUCUGUAAGUUUGAACAAGUGCAUUACCAAAUAGGUUAAAUAGCAUAAGUACUUGCAAACUUCUCCUUAUUUUCUUCAUAUAAUAAAUGCUAAGUCUGUAACAUUGUAUGUAACAUGUCAUCAGCUAGGACUCAUUACAACAGUAACAAUGAUAAGAAAAGAAAAUGCUGCCUUACGAAAAGCACUACACUCAUCUGAAGAUAGAGAAACAACAUUGUCUACAGGACAUAAUAUAAAGACACAUAAGCUGGACCACUCUCAAGCUGAGGCAAGUUUUUCCACAGACAGUACUAAAACUAUUAUUGGCGCUUCUUCACAUAUAAAACAUCCAACUGACAAAGACAAAAGAGUGCAACAUACCAUGGUGAUAGAGAACAGCACCAACCAUAAUACAGCAAGCACAUUGAAUAUACAAGGAUCUCCAAAUGUAAAAAUUCGUGAUGACAUAACACAUACAAAUGUACAAAACAUUGACAAUAGAUCAUCUGGUGACUAUUAUAAUUAUAAGACACAUUCUCACAAUAAUACUAACAGUGGUUUUUUUGUCAAAUUAUAUUUGAAUAAAAGUGGUGAUGGGCCUCAUUCUUGUAACUUUUGCCAGAAAAUAUUUGCUACAAAACAUCAUUUAGCCAAUCAUAUGAAGACUCACUCAGUUACUAAAGCUCACUCUUGUAAUUCUUGUCAGAAACAAUUUGCUACAAAGUAUCAUUUAAUGACUCAUAUAAUGAAGAGUCAUACAGUUACGAAAUGUUACACUUGUAAUUUUUGCCAGAAACAAUUUGCUCAGAAAUAUGAUUUAACCGUUCAUACAAUGACUCAUGCUGGCGAGAAACCUUUUAGUUGUAACAUUUGCCACCGGAGAUUUGGUUAUAAACAUUGCCUAACAAUACACAUGAGGACUCACACUGGCGAGAAACCUUACGCUUGCAACUUUUGCAAGAAGGCAUUUUCACAUAAACACAAUCUAACUGCUCAUAUAAAGAUUCACACGGGAGAGAAACUAUUUCCUUGCAUUUAUUGCAGUGUAACUUUUAGAAGGAAAGCUCAUUUAAAUAAUCAUCUGAACACUCACACGGGCGAGAGGCCUCACGCUUGUACGGUUUGCCAGAAGACAUUUGCACGAAAACAUCAUUUGACUGCUCAUAUGAUAGGUCACAGUGGUGUGAAACCACAUCAUUGUAAACACUGCCAUACAAAAUUUACACGAAAAGAACAUUUAGCUAAUCACCUGAAAAUUCACACAGAUGAUAAACCAUAUUCUUGUGAGCUGUGCCAGUUUAAAUGUAUAACCAAAAGCUAUUUAAAUAUCCACAAGAGGACUCACACGGGCGAGAAACCUUUUACAUGUGAGCUUUGUCAGUGUAAACAUUCAACCAAAAGUGCUUUAAAAGUCCACAUGAGGACGCACACUGGCGAGAAACCAUAUAUGUGUAAGCAUUGCCACUACAAAUGUACAAUCCAAAGUUCCUUGAGCAAACACAUGAGGACUCACACAGGUGAGAAACCAUAUUCUUGUUUGCAUUGCCAGCAAACAUUUUCAACCAUAAGUUACAUGAAGACCCACAUGAGGAAUCACAUAGUUAAGAAAACUUUUUAUUGUGAGCAUUGUCAGUAUAAAUGUUCAGCUAAAAGGUAUUUAAUAACUCAUAUGAAGACUCACACUGCUGGGAAACCAUAUUCUUGUUUGCAUUGCCAGCAAACAUUUACAAACAAAAGUACUAUGCGAACCCACAUGAGGACUCACAUAGUUAAGAAAAGUUUUUCUUGUUUGCAUUGCCAGCAAAAAUUUUCAAACAAGAGCACUAUGGCAACACGCAUGAGGACUCGCAUAGUUGCGAAAAGUUUUUCUUGUGAGCAUUGUCAGUAAAUGUUUAGUUAAUAGUUAUUUGUUCAACAUGAUAGCAUUAGAUAAAGAUUUGUUUUUAAGGAGCGUGAGACGGGUCUGCCCGCGAAAUUCAAAUUUAAUUUGGUUUUUCGCAAUUUGUAAACUAAUACGACAACGUAGGCUUAUGGCAUUUUAAUUGCGACAAUGGCAGUAUCAUCCUCACAGGUUUAAGUCUAGUUUAAGAAAUUAGCUCUAAUAUCGACUUUGUGACAAUAAGUAUGCCAUAAGCCUACAUUGUCGUAUUAGUUUACAAAUGCGAAAAAAAAUUUAAAUUUGAAUUUCGCGGGCAGACCCGUCGCAUCCACUUUAAAGGAGUAGUAGAUAAGUGCAUUAAUUCUAAUAAAAACUUCUACUAUACAAGGCUCUGAUAGAUAGACAGACUUACAAGUGCAAAUUCACCUAAGUAAACUUUGAGAGCUCGCUUCGCUCGGUUAUUGAGUUGGCGUUUGAUCUCGAAAACAAGUUUUAUUUUACACUAGGUACUUAUUAGAAUACAGUACUAAAUUAUUUUUAUUAAAAUUAAUUAAUAAACAUUAAAAAC